AUGGCGUCCAAGAAAAAACCUGCGAAAGUGCCACCUGUUCUUUCUACCUCAAGAGACCUCGUGCCAGUAGGGCCACGCCAUGUUCAAGCCUCAAAACAUGGAGGCAAACGAGAUGAAAAUGGUUUCAAACCCACUACUUCUCGAGCCCUGGUCUUACGAAAUGGUAAAUUUGGAGCAAGAGGCACCGGGGAGGUUAUGCUUUCAAGUAAAAUGAGCGGCAGGGAAAAACUUGAUUUGCUUGCAGAGGACCUUGUCAAUGAGCAUGCACGAACUGCUGUAAUGUCACCUCUGAAACUGGCAAAAUGCAUCAAGAUCGCAGACUCUCAGUUCAAUGCAUAUUUGGAUGAUAUCACUAAUUUACAAGACCCGGAAUCUUUCCACCGGAAGAUCACCGAGGAACUGAAUGCUCGUACACCAUAUGGAACGACGAAGAAUGGCAGGGAGGUACGAUCAGAUCCCUCCUAUGUGGCGUCCAUCAUCGCAAUCAGGAUUCACAAUACGUACAUGGUCGCUUCAGCAUGGAAAAUCGUCGUUGACUCUUUGCGAGCGCUUGAGAAGUCUGGCCUCAAUGACGCAACGGCUCACAUUCAGCUGCAAAAGGAUCAGGGUUUACUAGCUCGUUAUCUUGUCGUUUGUGAUCUGGUCUCUAACUUAGUUGAUCUUGGUCAAAAGAAAUUCUCUGUGCUUGCCACCACUACGCCCCAUUAUGCUCGUUACUUCAAGGCGAUUGAGAACACCGAUCCAGGUGAACCCGAGAUAGCCUUUGAUUGGGCUGGUCUCAAGGAUGCAUGCAAGUCAUUCCUAGACUCCAUCAUCAUUGAGCUAUGCUUUCCCAAGCAACCCUAUCCGAAGAGGAUUCUGUACCACAUCCUGCACGAUGCAGUUGAUGAGUCUCCGAGAGAAGCAAAACGUUUUCCCCAGACUAUGUGGGAUGCCGUCGGCGAAUUAUCUGUCGUGUUGGAACUCCAGGAGCUUCUUGAUAGUCCUUUGUUAGGACCGCAGGGUGAAAAAAUGAAGCAGACACCUCGCAAGAUGCCCGAGCAGUAUGAGCAAUGGCUUGAUGCGCAAAUAUUUUCCCAGCAAGCAUCGAAUAACUAUGCCAGUUUCAAGGACCUCGUUUUCCCGCUCAGCCGCACUGAAGACCGGACAGUCCUCAAAGACAUGUGGAAACAUGUCGACGUGAAUUACAACAACGUUUCCAACAUGUCCAUAGAUACUCUUUGGCAGCUUGAUGAAGCCCUUCGCCGUACACCUCAAUGGAGUGCAUUCUAUGUCCCUCUCUUUGCAGGUCAUGAUUCAGAUUCAGACGAUGCGGGUAAUUUGGAUUUGAUCCCAGUCAAGAGCAAAGGCGGAAAGAAAGGCGGUGGACACAAGCGACCAUCGAAGAAGAUGCUCGCCAUCACCGACGGUCGUGGAGAUGACGAUAGUGAUGGCUCCAUGCCUGAGCUCCAGUCCGUCUCCGACUCUGACGAAAGCGACGACGAUAUGAUAGACUCUGACCAGAACUUUGGCGAUGAAGACGACGACAGUGAUGAGUACGGGACGGAAUCUGAAUAUGAUUCUGAUGAAGAGGAGCAAUAUCGCAAUAUGUUGCGAGAGGCUAUGGAUACGGCGAUGGCCAUUCCCGAAUUUUUCGAUGCGAAGACUGAAGUGCCCGAGUUCGAAGCCAUAGCUGAGGAGAGGAAGGGCAAUCCGUUCUUAAAGCUCCUUGGCUCGUUAAGAGGACGUAUGUUCUCAUCGAGCGCGAAGCUCAGUUCUGAGAAGCGCGGUGAACCUCGCAAGGGCAUUUUCGCUACCAAGGCUGCCCCAAAGCCCAAGCCAGCUCCAGCCCUUAAGAUCGAUUUGUCCGGUAUUCCAGAGGAUGAGCUACCUCCACUGCGACCCCUUCCGACUCCUCGGAAGAAACGAGUGCCCAGGGCCCUCGGGGCCAAGCCGCCACAUGCUGCUGACCUGAUUUAUUCCUAUGCAGGAGCCUCUUCUGCACAGCCUAAAGAUACUCGCACGACAGUCGAAGAAGUCGACGAUGAGGAUGACGCCGAUGCCGACACUGCUUCUGCUAGCAAGAAGAAGAAGAAAAAGAAGCCCAAGAAGAAGAAGACUGACACAGAUCUGCCUGUCCUCCCCGAAGAUGCCCCCGCGUCUCCUGUGACACCUGCAGCGCGCGUCGCGUCUCCCCCUUCUAGCCCCUCAAAGGCAAGCCCUGCUAGGAGAGCCAGCUUGAACAGCUCGGCGACAACCCUUCUCAACAACAUGUCGACUGCUUCACUGCCGCUGACAGAACAGACUACCGCUCAUUCUGGUCAUUCUUUCCUGCAGGAGAUCUCUCAGAAGGAGAAGAUCAAAUCUCGUCCUGAUCAUGCAUCCAUGUUCAAUCGCGGGUUUUUGACCAAGGGCAAAGACAAAGCGAAGGAUAAAGAGGAAAACAAGGAUACUGUAAACAACAAACACACGUGGUUUUCGAAAUUGGGUAAGAAGACGACUGGAUACAUGCAUCAGCUGCUUCGUGCUGGAGACGACGAGAGACGGGGAGCAAUGAAGUGGGAGAACUUCCUCAAGGUUAUGCGUGACAUGGGCUUUUCUUAUGAUCCCAGUACCGCCGGGUCAUCUGUGCGAUUCGAUCCGCCCAACGAAGGAGAUAGGGUAUCUCACCCGGAUCCCACUCUGUAUCCUGUGAAGAUCAAGGAAUUCGGUAAGAAGUUGAAGGAAUACUAUGGAUGGGAUGAGGAAGAUUUCCUGAAGCGGGCCGCUGCUGCUGCGUAA